ACGUGCUGAGCAAUCUAACAAUUUUCCUGAAGUCCUUGGAAGAAAACCAGGCCUACAUUAUAAUCAUGUCUAUUAGUAAGUACAAGGUGUGUGAAGUCAAAUCAGAAAAAGGAAAAAAAAAAAAGACAUGUGCUCACUGUGUUCCACACGGACCUAAAAGAGGGACGGACAAGGGGAAAAAAGCGGAAGAGAAAGCCAAACAAAGAGAAAUGGAGUUUGAGGACACUUUUGAUCAGAGAUCCUGGUCAAUUUGUGCAGAUCUGGACGAAUCUGUAGAUGGGCGGAGAGGCAGCCGCCUCACUGAGCAUUGUAAAGAGCAGUAGUGUGGUUGUCUGCACAGGAGUGAUCUUCAAGACUUCAUCAUCAUGCAAAGAAUGAAUACAUCAUCUAAAUUCAAGGACAUCAUCUCAAAAUGUCUCCUGGUCCAGUCAGGAUCCCCAUCCGUUUUCCAACUAAACACAAAAAAAGAGGACUUUGGACCUCUGACUAGGAUAACUCUCGGAAAGAAAAAUUUGAACAAGGCCAACAGAACAGUGCUGCUGGUUGGUGAAACAGGAGCAGGAAAGUCUACUGUCAUCAAUGCUCUGGUCAACCACACCAUGGGAGUGAAGUUUGAGGAUGAGGUCUGGUUUAAAAUUGUAGAAGAUGAGAAGAGAGGGCAGACUGAAAGCCAGACAUCAGAUGUGAUGGUUUACGAGAUCUUUGGGUUUGAAGAUCAAACUCUGCCAUUCUCUUUGACCAUCAUUGAUACGCCUGGAUUUGGAGACACCAGAGGGAUUGAAAAAGAUUUUAUUGUCAGUCAAAGAUUGUUUGACUUGUUUCGAUCAGAUGAGGGAAUUCAGGAGAUUCACGCUGUAGGUCUGGUGGUGAAGGCCACAGAUAAUCGAGUGAAUGAUCGCCUUUCAUACGUCUUCAAUUCAGUCAUGUCUCUGUUUGGGAAAAACCUGGAGAAAAGCAUUGUGGCUCUCAUAACUCACUCAGAUGGAAGACAACCUAAAAAUGUUAUUCAAGCUCUUGAAGCUACAAAAAUAAGAUGUGCCAAAAAUGAAAAGAAUCAACCUAUUUAUUUUCUUUUUGAUAACUCCCAAAGUGAUGACCGAUCAGAGGACACUGAAUUUCUAAAAAUUGCUACUGAAAUUUCAGAGAGAGGAUUGAGAACCUUUACAGCCUUCUUGGAGAAGAAAACAGCCCAAAAACUGAUAAUGACUACAGAUGUCCUGAAUGAACGCAUCAGCCUGACAGCCUGUAUCCAAAACCUGCAGGAGAGAAUCCUACUAAUAGAGCAGAGACAAGAGGAACUCAAACAAACUCAUGAUGCGCUCGUCAAACAAGUAGAAGACAUGAAUAAAUCAGAGACGUUCACUGUUGAAGUCGAUGUUGUUUUCAAAGAAAAGGAGCCUCUGAAAAGUCAAAAACUUUUUUUCAGGCAAAAUAUUUUUGAGAAAGCAAUGGUCUGCACCAUCUGUAAGGAGAACUGCCACUAUCCUGGCUGCACACUUGUUCGCAGUCCCCAACAUUGUGAGGUCAUUAGAAAAGGGCAUUGCACUGUCUGUACUGGUAAAUGUCCUGCAUCAGCUCAUGUGAAGGAAAACUGGAGAUAUGUCACUAAGACCAAGAAGGUUAAGAAGACUGUAGGAGUUCAAAAAGAGAUAGAGAGAGAGAAGGGUGAUGUUGAGAAAAACUUUAAUGUUGUAAAAGGUCUUGUAAAUGAAAUACAGAAACUGAGAUCAGAGAAGUUCCAGCUCAUCAAUGAAGCGUACCAACAUGUUAUCACACUGGAGGAGAUUGCCCUCAAAGUUAAUGCUGGGGCCACUUUAGUUCACUUGGAUUUCUUGAUUGCAAAGAUGAAGGAAAUAGGAGACACUAAGAAAGUUCAGAAACUGGAAGAGAUGAGAACCGAAAUGGAUGAAGGGACCAAAUUAGCACUGCAGUAUUUGUGGGGCAGAGUAACAACCGUGUAAAAAAGGGAAGAAUCAACAGUCACAACAAAUCUGUGACAAGUUUAACAAGAAAGUCUCAUUAGGUGCAUGACUCUGAAAAGGUUGUACUUCAUGAAACUUUGAUAUAAAACUUUGAUUAGGUUUUUAAUAAAGGAAUUUACCAAAGUAUUUUGAUAAAGGGAAAAUGAUUUAAUUAUUUAAGAUAAUAAAUUGCAUCUUUUGUUCAACUACUAUUUUUUAAUCUUUGUGGUAAUGUAACUUGAGAAUAUGAUGUACAAUAUCAGAGAAAACAGAGUAAUUAACCAGAGACUGCAUCUCUUGCUUCUUGUAACGAGAAACAAGAGUAACAAGGAGCAAACCAACAAAUAUUUUAUGACAAAAAUGAUGUAUCAUUAUAAUGACGAACUCCAAUUAAUAGACUGCAAACUUAAUAAAUUAGUAGUAUGUUGGGAACUGUUACUUUUACAAUCUUUUCCAUGAUUCCAAUAGUUUGAAUAAAUGUUAAAAUAUUCAGAAAUAUGAUUAUGUGCAGCUAUGUUCAACAGUAAUUACACUACUCAUUGUAACCGGUGUAUUGUAUUUAACAAUGGGUAGGUUAGUGUUGGUAUGAUUCUGACUGUGAAACAAUCUAUUGGAAAAAUACUUAGAUUUAAAUGUUUUGAUACCAUUUUGAUGGCACAAAAUAUUGAUACAAUUUGAAACAUAUAUCAAAAAGAAAUAUUGAAAAUUGUUUUUGUUUUACCUCCUUCUUCUUAAGUAUUUUCUUGAACUAAACUGAAUUAGUUCAGUUGAAAUUCAGAUGUUCUCCAACACAAUUUGCCUUAAAAGUACAUUUUGACAAUGCAGUUUUGACUUGUACUGUAUAAUACAUUACUUUUAGCUGUAAAAUAGACUUGAAAUGCUGUCUAAGUUUAGCUCAAUAUUUUGGACCAUUAAUAGAGUUUCUUUAUUUCCUUUGUGAUAUAAUCAGAAAUGAAGUUGUGACUAACUAUGACUGUAUAUAUCCUGAGACACUCCAGUUAAUGUUCUGCAUAAAAUGAUUGGUCUUCUGUGAAUUAAAUAUUUGAUAAAAUCAGUA